UUUAAAGCCAUUGCCUUUGUUUGAGGCAAUGAAGGAAUAAAAAUAACAUACAAAAUACAAACUCCCUUAUUUUUUAUGCUGUUAAGUUCCCUUGCACCUUCGUUGUUAGCUAACUUCAUAUAUAUAUAAACCCUUUCGGUUUCCCAUAUUUCCAGAAACCCUCCAUUGAAACCUUUGCUGAAGCAACACAAACGAUGGGAGUUUCGAGCACUUUGGAGUAUUUGUCUGAUUUAAUGAGCAGUAGUGGGCAUAAACACAAGAAGAGAAAGCAGCUGCAGACGGUGGAGUUGAAAGUCCGGAUGGAUUGUGAUGGCUGUGAACUCAAAGUCAAGAAAGCCCUUUCUUCAAUGAGUGGGGUGAAAUCCGUGAAUAUAAACAGAAAACAGCAGAAGGUGACGGUAACGGGAUACGUAGAAGCCAACAAGUUGUUGAAGAAAGCGAAAUCGACGGGGAAAAAGGCUGAGAUAUGGCCUUAUGUGCCGUACAGCCUGGUGGCUCAGCCGUAUGCGGCGGCUUCUUAUGACAAGAAAGCGCCGCCUGGUUAUGUGAGGAAGGUGGAGAACAAUGUAAAUACGGGGACUGCGACCAGAUAUGAAGACCCUUACGUCUCUCUGUUCAGUGAUGAAAACCCGAACGCAUGUUCUGUCAUGUAGCCCCUGGUUUUGGUUCUAUGUAGUAAUUUACGUCCUGUAUGAGUGAGAAUCCAAUCAAAAUCCAGUGUAAAGAAGUCCCUAUGUAGUUUAGCGUCUUUUUGGCAUUGUU